UCGCUGGUGAGACGCGCAUCUUUUCCACUCUCCUCUAGUAAAGCCCCAAACCAAACCCCCCUUGGCGCCUAGAAAAGGGAACGAGAUUCAGGAUGAACAUGAUGACGAUGCCGCUGGCGGGGAUGGAGCCGAGACUCAAGGCCGAGCCGUUCGAUCGUGAGGAGGCGGAGGAGAGAGCAUUUAGGAUGCUCAGCGAAGGCGAGCUCUUCUACGUCGAGACCGAUGUCAUGCACGACGGCUCCCUCGACCCGGCCCGGCAUGACCACAGCCACCUGGGGGGCGUCUCUCUCGAAACCAUCACUGCCGCGCGGCACCUACUGGAAGAACCCUCAACGAGGGGGCCCAGCUCGGUCGAGACCGAGGCGACUUCGAGGACGUCCAGCCAAGACACGGCCGAGAACGAAUGCAAGGGCUGGGAGCAGCAGGAAGGGCACGCCUACCGGCAGCCGGUGGGGGCGGCGGGGGCUCCGGCGUCAGCGGCUGAAAAGAGCAACGUAGAGCCUUUCCACCCCGCCCACCGCAUCUCCUUGAAGGAGGCGCAGGAGUGGGACUUCUCCAAGAAGCUCGAGGACCUGGCCAGCGAGAGCCGGGGGCGCGAGAGGUCGUUCUCGGAGCCGCAGCUUUCGUCGCUGAGCCACAGCAACAACCAUCACUGGAAGGACGUCAACGAGAAGGCCGAAUGGUACAGACCGCAGAGAAAGCAGCAGCAGCAGCAGCAGCAGCAGCAGCGUCAGAUGGGGACCGUAAACGAGUGCUACUCCUCUACGGGGUGGGUCAUGCCCAAGACCAUGCCGUCCCCCCCGCAGCAGCAGCAGCGGCCGCCGCGCCGCCGCAACGGCGAGGCCUGCGCCGACGCGUGCGCGGCCCUGACGGAGGGGCUGCGGCGGGUGUGGAACUCGGUGUCCCCGGAGGAGCACGCCCACGGGAUCGGCACACUGAGGUCGUCGUCGAUUGCGAACAUGAGGGUACAACACAGCUCCAGGCACUUCGCCUCGUGCACGUCGACCAAGACCUUCGAGGUGUCCACCAACGAGCGGGACAAGGAAGCGCUCGAGAAGCUCGGAGUGGUGCCGGAUAUCAGCUACCACGUGGUGGGGACGCCGGCCUCCAUGACUUUCACGAUGCACAUCGCUGGGUACAGAGUGGUGUCGACGAUCCUGGGCAUGCAUGCGGAGUACGAGGUCCGCCUUAAGGGAGCCCGUCGCAGGUGGAGCAAGUGGCAGCGCUUCUCCAAGUUCAAGACAAUCGCCGCGUGCACCCAAGGAGACCCGGACGCGGCGGCCGCCUGGAGGCGGGUGCUGAGGGCCAAGCCUCACUACCGGUGCCUGAACCCGGACUACCUCGCGCACAAGUGCAACCUGCUGGAAACGUUCUUGCAGCAGGUCCUGUUCGCGAUGCCGACGCCGGCGCUUUUGAUCCACUUCGUCAGCCAGAAGAAUUGAGCAAAAAGAAGAUGAGACGUACGUGAAAUGUCCUGACCGACUUAAUGUUGGUUGGCUUCACCCUAGCUACAUGUCACCAGGCUCCAUUCUGGCGCGUUCGAAGCAAAGGCGGUGAUGUUUCCCCACGCGCCUACUUGCUGCACGAGGAGACGGUGCUUGCUGCUGCUGCUGCUACUUGAAUGGCGGCUGCUUUGACUCCGAGACGAUGUGGGACAGGGGUUCGGUCUGAUGGCUUUGGAAGCAACCUUGGGUGGGAAGGGACGCUGUGCCAUCACACGAAGGACUGUCGUUCUUUUGAGUCAAGAGUGUUAGGUGGGGUCCACCGUUUGGGCGUAAUCGCUGUUUCUAGCUUU